GAACAGUUUAGUAGUUUAGAGGCCAUCGCUAUUAGGUUGGAGGCCAUUGCUGCUGGGUUCGACAAUUCCAGCCCUGUACAUCCAGUCUGGGGGUGGCGCGCAGCUCCAAGCCCCUAUAGCAACAUGUGAGCAACGGCUUUUAUUUGCGGUAGUCAAGAUUAGUGGAAGGGGCGUUCCUUUUCUAUAGCCCAAUGUCAGAUUUAGUUAGCGAAACGAGGUAGGAACACCCCGAGAACGAGAUUGGCAUCAAUUUCGCCAUUUGUUUGAAAUGGUUUAGUUAAUGACAUGUUUAGCUGGUGAAACGAGGUAGGAACACCUCUCGAGAACGAGAUGGGUAUACAUUGCACAAAACAGAUACAGGAAUGGAGAACGAGAUUACACCCCAAAAACGAUGCGAGAUUGGAGAACGAGGUAAGGAAGGCCCAUGUGAUAACUCAACGGAAAUAUUUUCCAUCGCUCAUGUGCUACAGUAGUCAUUUGUAAGCAAUGCAGUCAGGAGAUUCUGUAAAUCAGAUUUGCAGUUUUGCUCAUGAUGAGCGUAUUUUUCCGUAUAGCGGCUGGGCUCAAGACCUUUCGACCGGACACCCAGUGGCUCUUUCUUUUUGUGGAGACUCCUAGUCUUGGCAAUGGGAAAUGAGCAGGCGAAAGUCACCUGCUCAACUUGCCAAGGAUCUGGCUCCGUCGAAGAACAAGCUGGAGUUGCGGGGUUCGUUGGUGGAGCAUUGCUGGGUGGUUUGAUUCUGGGUCCUCCGGGCGCUUUGGUGGGAGGCGGCCUUGGUAGCCAAACCACGGUGCGCAAGAUUUGCAACAGCUGUGGUGGCUCGGGCAAAAAAGAGAAAAAGUCCUCCACAAGCGCAAAGCGUGACUGGAGCAGCUUUGGUGGUAGACAGAUGACCAUGUAUCAUGGAACCUCUGCGCGGAAUGCACAAGCCAUCGCUGCAGAUGGUUUCAUCCCUUCCACAGGUGGCAUGCUGGGAAGCGGUGUCUACCUCUCCGCAGACCGCAACAAGGCAGCUUGCUAUGGUGACACCAUCAUUGAAGUUGAAGUGAGGCUUGGAAAGACGAAGAAGAUUACAUCGCAAAGCGAUUCAAUGCGUACAUCCUGGAGCAGCGCCGGAUAUGACUCAGCCUGGGUCCCGGCGAACUGUGGGAUGGUCUCAUCAGGCCGCACUGAGACCUGCGUUGCAGACCCGGAUCGUAUCAGAGUGCGACAUGUUGGCUGAGGAGCAUACUUCCAAUCAUUGCUGCUGAGUUGCUUUGCAGCGUUUGCGCUGCAGCGGUGUGACAGCAACAAAAUGGUUGAAGAUUGAAUAGCAUGGACUAUUGUCAAGUCUUGGGGUAGCCACCUUGCUGAGGGCAUGCAGGAGCAGUGGCUUGACUUGAUAAUACUCGUAUUGCAGUGCAGACUGCGCAACAAUCAAAGCCAGGAGAUUCGGAGCGUAGCCCUUUCGGAAGAAAAACGAGUUGUGUGCCAAGCACCUAUAGUGCUUGAAAUUUGCAUCACUUUGCU